CAGUAGAAGAGGGGUCCCUACUCCUAGUAGAAUUUAUUAGGGUUUAUUUUGGUUUCACUCUUUUUCAUUUCAUGUUGGUUUGAAAGUCCAUGGCAUGCUUAGACAUGUACAACUCCGAGCAUAAGGGUCACCACUGCGCUCCAAUGAGCCCAAGAAUCUCCUUCUCCAACGACUUUGUGGAUAUCCAGCAGGCCGCCAGCAGGCAAGAAAGGAGCUCCAGAGAUGCGCCAGCGUCAUCGGAUUUCGAAUUUUCCGUGACAAACUAUUCCAUGAUGAGCGGCGCCGACGAGCUUUUCUUCAAGGGUAGGUUGUUGCCCUUCAAGGACAAUUACAACAACCAAAUGCAGAGGACCACCACUCUCAGGGAUGAGCUUCUUGUUGAUGACGACGACGAACACGUGUCGAUGAGGCCGCCGAAGGGGUCGACACGGUGGAAGGGGCUUCUGGGUCUGAAGAAAACCCACAUUGGGUCCAAGAAAGCUGACAAGGGUGAAGCGUCCGUCGAAAGAAGGCCUGAUUUCGUUCGUGAGGAGGCCCAUGUCAGCAAGGCUUCACAGGAGCUGUAGAACUAAUGGGGUUCGAGUUACAGAAAUGUGGAGAUUGGGAUAUAGAUACUUAAAAGGUGUGUGGCAUUUUUUUUGGGAAGGAGAGGCUAGAGUGAUAGUUUUCUGUUUGGACAAAACUUAGAGAGGGUCCUGAUCUGAUCUGAAUUAGUAGGUUGGUUUUCAACUUUGGUGGAUUUUUUUUCUUCUGAGCUUUCAACUUUGGUAGAUGUUUGUCCGGUUUCGCUGCUUGGUGUAAAAAAUGAUUGCAGUUGAACUUGUCUCAUGUUUUUUUUUUUUUUUUUCUUUUUUUUUCUUUCAAUUUUGUUAGUAAUUUUCUCCUUGUUCAAUGGUGUUAUGCAUCUUCCUCUAAGAUCUAAUUGUACGUAUCGCUCUAGCUUCUAUGAAUGGGGAGGUGGAAGAACUCUCCUUUUAGCAUUUUGUGCACAGAAAGAGGGAGAGCCUCACCGAAGAUGUUAUUGU